AUGUUAUUUAAUGUCCAAUAUUUUUAUUCGUCUACUACUCGAUUUAUUCGUUCAAUCGGAUCUACCGAAGACAACUUAAAGAGUAUUUUUGUUGAAAAUCUUCAAAAUGAUUCAUUGUUGUUUGAUAUAUUAUCAUCAUCAACAACAACAACAACAACAACAAUGCGUGGUAUUUUCGAUGGUGACCAACCACGUGUUAGACGUCGUUUAUUUGAAGUAUUUAGUGAUACUGGUGAAGUUGAUAAUUCAGCGUAUUUAAAUUUAACCCAUACUAUAUGUCUGAACAUAAACAAUUUAUCAUCACAAUCGAAUGAUCCAAUUGUCAUAAUUCAACCAAAAAGAUCGGAGAAAUAUUAUUCGAUACCAUAUGAUUACACACUAUGGCAAACAUCCUACAAUUUACCACGUUCAGUAACUCCCUGUGAACAUUCGAUAAUGAUGAAAUUACUUUUAUUAUUUGAUAAAUUGUGUCGAAAAUAUAAAAUUCAGUAUAUGAUGAUAGAUGGUACUCUACUCGGAAGUUAUCGACAUCAUGAUAUAAUACCAUGGGAUGAUGAUAUCGAUUUGUUGAUGUCUGUUAAAGACAAACGACGGCUUAAUCGUGCUAUUCACAAACAUUUAAUUAGAUCUCAUAAAAAGACAAAUGACAUUUAUAACAUUGAAUAUUUUCGUCGAUGGGAUCCAGAAAAAUUAUUUGAAUAUUAUAAGUUUUAUUUUUUAUCAUCAUUAAAAUUGAGUACAAAUAAAUGGAAAUGGCCAUUUGUUGAUUUAAUAUUCUAUCAUGAAAAUCGUACUCAUUUAUGGCAUGAAAAUAAUUUUCAAUUCACUGUUCAAAAAUUACAUAUUUUUCCACUCACUUUACGACCAUUAGGUCAUCUUUGGUUACCCGCACCACAAAGUCCGCUUGACUAUUUUGAGUCUGUUAAAUAUUUAAAUGUUGAUCAAGAAUGCUUUAGUCAAAAUUGGUCACAUAAGUAUGAACAAUUAAAAGAAAAUUCAAUGGUUGCAUGUGAUACACUUAAACAUAUUUAUCCGUUUGUUGAAAGAAAUUGUACAAAAGUAAGUUGUCAGGAAAGUUUACUGUUAAAUGGAAAAGUAGUUCACGUUGCAAUAAUUGAGAAUGUUGCAGAAAAGGAAUCUUUCGCAUGA